CGCAAGGCAACACAUAACCUCAAAAAAGUUCGUCUGUCGUCGAAUUUUUCGAGCAUUGAGUAAAAGUUUCGAAACUUUUGUAUAGUUUUAUUCAUUUUUGUUGGUAAACGUAGGUAAACGUUGUAAAAAUGUCAUAUAGAAAAGAAAUAGAGGAAAUGAAAGUAAUGAAACCUCAAAUUGAAAGAGCUGUACACAAGUUCCUCGGCUUCGGGGAACCUUCGAUUGUCAACACUGCUGUCAAUUGUAUUAAUUCUGGAUUUGAUAAACGCAAAACGGCAGACAAGCUUUCGGCGCUUUUGGACGAGAGGAAGGCUAUAAAAUUAACCGAAAAAAUAUUUAUCAUAUAUGACGACGCCAAAGCUAAACAAAGAAGCAAAAAGCGGUCACACUCUGACAGUAAAGAUAAGGAAAAAGAUGUAAAAAAAGCUAAAAUUAAGGAAGAUGGACAUAAGAAUGACAAAAAUGAUAAAAGUGAUAGAAAUGACAGAAGUGACAGAAUUGAUAGGAAUGAAAAAAAGGAUAAAAAAGAGAAAAAGGAUAAAACUGAUGAUCGCGCCUCUGAUCAGAUAACACAAAUGAUGAGAAACGCUAAGAGGGAAAUCUCAGAACGACAAAAAGUAUUGGACGCUAUUAAAAAGGAUGACGUUCUUCCACCUGUGAGACCCUCUUUUAGAGCCCCAGAGACAUUGCAAUCGGUCAGCAGCAUGUUCAAUCACGGCUUACUUACCAAAUCUGACUCAGAAACAGCUCGAAAGAUUGCCCUUUUAAACAAUAGUAUUGUAAGUAAACUGAAUUCGGGUUUGCUAGCCAGCAUAAUGGCAACCAAGCCCACUCCUCUCAUUCUCGACGAAUCCGGUAAAACGGUGGACGUCACCGGAAAAGAGAUUCAACUCACCCAGCCUGUGCCGACUCUGAAGGCCAACAUUCGAGCGAAGAGGCGGGAUUUAUUUAAAACGCAGAUGCAAGAGUCAAAACCGGAAGAAAUACAAGAAUCGACAUUUUUUGAUUCAAGGAUUGGUGUGAAGCCUGCGAUUCGUCUCAAGCGAGCGCUGAAAUUUCACGAUCCGGGAAAGUUUCAGCAGCUUGCUCACAAGAUUCGCAUGAAGGCACAACUUGAAAAACUGCAAAACGAAAUCAGUCAAAUUGCGAGAAAAACGGGUAUUAGUUCCGCGACGAAAUUGGCAUUGAUUGCUCCAAAGACAGAGGCUUUAAAUGAGGAUGUUCCCAAUAUGGAGUGGUGGGAUUCUGUUAUUCUCGUUGCUGGAUAUCCCAGCGAAGAAGACCUAUCGGCGAUUAAGAUUUCCACUAUUACAAAUCUAGUUGAACAUCCGUUUCAAAUACGAUCACCGACGGAGCCACUCAAACCUUCAUACAUGCCAGUAUUCCUUACAAAGAAAGAGAGAAAAAAACUGCGCAGGCAAACUCGCAGAGAGACAUGGAAAGAAGAGCAGGAGAAGAUUCGGUUGGGUCUUGAAGCUCCCCCGGAACCGAAAUUGCGAAUAUCGAAUCUCAUGAGGGUCCUGGGAACCGAAGCGGUUUCAGAUCCAACCAAGAUAGAAGCCCACGUUCGUCAGCAAAUGGCAAAGAGAUUGAAAGCUCACGAAGACGCGAAUGCAGCACGAAGAUUGACAGCUGAGCAGCGCCGCGAAAAAAAUGCCAGGAAACUUAAAGAAGACACGACGCUUGGAGUUCACGUUGCUGUCUACAGAAUACGAGAUUUAUUCAACAAAGCGAAAAUGUUCAAAGUGGAAACGAAUGCGAAGCAGCUCUACUUGACAGGAUGCAUGAUGCUUUUUCGAGAUUGCAAUGUUGUAGUUGUUGAGGGCGGAGCGAAGCAACUCAGCAAAUACAAACGGCUGAUGUUACAUCGAAUCAAAUGGGAGGAGGACAUUGUAAAGGACACUGAUGGAAACGACGUUCCUAAUAAGUGUGUCCUCGUAUGGGAGGGUACGAGCAAGUCUCGCCACUUCAACGAUGUGAAAACAAAAGUCUGUCCAAUCGAGAGAGCGGCGCGUGAUCACUUCAAAAAACACCAGGUAGAACAUUACUGGGAUCUGGCCUACAGCGGGGCUGUUCUCGACAAUACGGAUGAUAUUCCUGCUUAUAGGUCUCUGGCCCUAUUAGCGGUCUCGCAAUGCACGAUCUUGCCAACCAGGAUGCUGCAGGAUCUUGGAAGACGAGCCAACGCCUCUAUGGAAAAGUAUUAUCUGCAGGAACAGGCAAUUAUGGAUUCUGGAAUUCAUUUGAGUCAAGGGUCACCCUCAUGGUACUUGGCUGCAUCUCAUCAGAUGAGUCCAGCUUCUCAGAAUCUCUCGAAAAGAGCUCUCAGGAUGGAGACAAUGGCGAUGAUGUUGGUGGAGGUGCUCAAGAUGACACCUGAGGAUGCUGUGUCACUUUUGCCUUCGGUAGGGAUCAACGUUUGCACAGGAGCAAUAUCAAACAGCCUUAGGAUGACAGCCGAAUGCAAAAAGGUUGAUCCUAGUUACAGAACUCAUACCGGUAGAUGCAACAAUGCCUUGCAUCCUUCUUGGGGUGCUGCUCUUGAAUCUUAUACGAGGUUUUUGCCUCCUGAAUACCAAGAUGGGGUGUCCUUACCAAAAUCAAAUCUUCCUAGUGCUCGAGAAGUUUCUACCAAAGUUCACUCUGGUGGCCCUGAUAUCAGACAUCCUUACCUGAUGGCUCUAACUGCCAUGUUUGGUCAAUUUGUGGCUCAUGACAUGGCCCAUACUCCUAGGAUGGAGCUUCCAAAUGGAGAAAGAUUCAAGUGCUGUGACGUCGAAUUUGAAAAUUUUCAUCCAGAAUGCUUUCCAAUUCAGGCUGAAAACGCCAUCGGCUGUAUGGAGUACUCCAGGUCGGCUCCACAUCCAGGAACCACGCUUGAGGGUUGCAAGUUAGGACCCAGACAGCAGAUUAAUCAAGCCUCGUCUUAUCUUGAUUUAUCGCCAAUUUAUGGUAGCUCUGAGGAGACCUCGGGGAUCCUAAGAGAAGGCAUUGGAGGAGCACUAAAUACUCAAAGGAAGAACUUGCCAAUGGCUUCGAAGGACUUACAAAACUGCAGGAGUCAGAGCAAAGCCCUACCAUGCUUCCUGAGUGGAGACUCCAGAGUAAACGAGCACCCUGGAUUGGCACUUAUGCACGUGCUCUUCCUCAGAGAGCACAAUAGAAUAGCACAGAAACUUCAUACACUUAAUCCUCACUGGGAAGACGAGAAAAUUUACCAGGAAACUAGGAAAAUUGUUAUUGCAGAAAUGCAACAUGUGACCUACAAUGAGUUCUUACCGGUUAUUCUAGGGGAGCCUUUCCUUGAUAAAUUCGACUUGCGUUUAACCCCAGGAGGCUACUUUCGAGGCUACGAUUUCCGAGCGGAUGCGACCAUAUCGAAUGCAGCAGCCUCGGCAGGAUUUUCCUUCUUCGUUGCUCUGACACCAAAGACUCUUGAUCUCGUUGACUCCCGAUCUACUCAGAAAUCUGGAGAAAGAUCUCUUCUUUCUGCCUUUUAUGCCCCGCAAGAGCUCUACGAGGCUGGAGCAAUAGAUCGAUUGAUCACUGGAGCGACAGCUGGGCAUUCGAGAAAGCCAUUUCCGCCAGGAUUAAAUGAGAUCCUCCUGGAUCGAUACUUUCACGAUGGAAAGACCAACGAUGUCGCUGUUGACUAUGCAGCUCAGAUGAUUCAACAAGGCAGAGAUCAUGGCUUGCCUCCAUAUAUCAAAUGGAGAUCUUACUGCGAUUUACCCAGUGUUAACGAGUUCCGUGACCUUCAAGAAACUAUGUUAUCAGAAACUAUCGAAAGAUUACAGCGAGUUUAUAGCAAGGUGGAAGAGGUCGAUUUGGUAACUGGUGCACUUUCAGAACUACCUGUGGAAGGUUCAGUUCUUGGUCCCACUUUCCUCUGCUUGCUAGGAAAAACAUUUAGAAAUGCUCGCCUAGGAGACAGAUAUUGGUACGAAAAUGAACAUACUCCAGGAUCAUUUCUUCCUGAUCAAUUAGAGGAAAUCAAGAAAACAACAAUGGCUAGGAUAUUAUGUGACAAUGGCGAUAGGUUAAAACGAGUUCAACCAAGAGCUUUUAUUUUGAAAGAUCCAUUUCUAAACGAAAUGACUGACUGUUCGAUAUACAAGAUCGAUGAUCUCAACCUGACCUACUGGCAGGAGACAAAAUCAUCAAAUUAAAGAUUUAGGAUUUUUCAUAGACUUACAAGGAAAAUCCACACCCUUCGCAUUUUUUAAAGUACACCUCUACUUAUAGUAUGCUAAAGUGAAAAUAUUUGUUUUUUAACUAUUCUCGAGAAAAAACUAGUUCAAAACCGUAAGUACGGGCUCGAUUCCUGCUGCCGAUAUUUUUUGCCAAUUAAUUUUUAUUUAAUUUUUGUAUUGCAAUUGACUAUUUAAUGGUUGUCAAUCAAGAAGUGCAUUUUUUAAAGCCAUUUUUCUCAAGAAUAGCUGAAAAGGAAAUCUUAUUACCUUAGCAAAUGUUCCAAAUAAAAUGAAAACAAUUUAUGUUCUCCAUGUUGGGUUGCCUGAUCAAAGGUCAAAGUGCCAACAAUUAUUCAUUAGUAAAACUAAUUAAAUCAUAUUUCCGUCAUAUCCGCUCUGAUAUAAAAAAAGAAUCAGCUCGGAAUAACCAAAUUCUGACUAAUCAAAAACUAUAGUUAGAUAUAAUAUUAAAAUAUAAGUUUACAUGAUAUCAUAAUUCUUAGGCCUUGUCACCAAUAAUGUUGCUGCAAUCGCACUCAUUUUAGAAUUCCGAAGGAAGCGUAUAAUUUAUAUUUUGUAGUAUAAAAUUGUGCAGAAACACGAUUUCUGUCACUUUUUUCCUUUCACCUAAAAACUGCUUUUUUAACAUCUCUAGUUACAUUCUAAAGGACAGAAUCAUUUUUUAAUGAAAUUAGGCAUCUUUAAUGCGUCUGAUUUUUGCAAAACUAUCAUAUCUUCUCAAGAAAUAUAAAUUAAAAAAAUGACUUUGAUACUUAAGGAAUUUGUAUAGAAAUAUCUUUAAAUUUUGAAUUAGGUGUUAGAACCGCUAUUUUUUAAAACAAUUCAUGUGUAUACUUCUUCAAGGUGAAAAGAGCGAAUACUAAAAAAAAAACAGAAUUCCGGCCGUGUUAUGAAUGAAAAUAUAAUUACGAUAAUGAGUCACUUUGCUGAAAUCGCUCGUUCUCGCGAAAUUUCUUCCUCGCAAAAAAAAG